UCAAGUUGGCUACCCUGAUUAAAUUGAAUAUGUCAAGCUUAUUCAAAUUUGAAAAUAAUCUUACAUUUUUUUAGCAAUUUAUUACAAAUUCCAAAUCAAAAUUUAUUAAAAUGGCGAAGGAAGUGACGAUGUGCUCGCAACUCCAACAAUGGAACCCCACGAAGGAAACUGCGGGGGCACCGUUGGCGCCGCCACAGCUUGGGUACUGCUUCCAUACUCCAAAGAAGCACCCUUGGAGGCCUAUCAUGGGCUACGAGGAGAUCGAAGUCACUCCAAUGCCUUCCCAACCCAUAACCAACACGAUGGUGGAUCCGUGCUACACUCCAGCGGGCAUGGCAGCCGAACCUCUCCGGUUUCCUAAUCUGGUGACUGGCUUUGACCGGAGUCCCGAGCACGCGGCGCGAGCGGCUCUCUACACAAGAUACACGCAGUACGAGUGGAACCAGAACAGCAUCAAGAAUUAUAACGAGUCGGACGCGAAAAGGAACUUCUCGGAGCGCGUGAGGAAUGAUAUCAUGAGGAUGCUUAGGGAAACUGAUGAAAUUGGGUCACAGGGUCAAAGAGACUCGGGCAGAAGGAUUGGGGAGCGAAUAACCGACACUACCUUUUGGAGGAACGAGGUGUCAAUAGAGAUGGAGCGAUUGGUGUCAACAUGCGAGAAACUGAAUGAUACUCGGAGGCAGUUGGAACGCGCCAUCGCGGGAAUCGAAGGGCCGUUGCAUAUCGUACAGGAGUGCCUCUACCACCGCGAAAAGCGUCAGGGGUUGGAGCAAGUGCAUGACAACGUAGAACAGUCAUUGCUCAAGGAGGUAGGCAUUCUACGCGAGUGUCAGGACAAAUUCCGCAAUAUGCUUGAGAAGGUGCGCGCGCAAUCCAAGAACUGCCGCGCCACACAACACGAGCUUGAAACAGACAUGAGGAACAAGGAAUACGCACUCGGUAUUGACUCCAUGUGCCAUCAACUCAACAACUUCUCCAAGGGCUUACAAUUCUACGCGGGUAUCGAGCGCUAUGACCCAACGGUGUGUGACACGGCACGUUGGGCCGCCGCCAGCGCGGCUACGCUGCAGCGCUCACAGUCCGAGCGAGCUAAAGCUAUCCAGAUGCUCUCAGACACGGAUAACUUAAUCAACGUAUCGGCAACGGAGAUCUGGGAUCAAUGGAGCAACACCAACAGCGCGUUCACGCGCCGCAUCGCUGAGACUAUUGAGAUCAAGAACAAGCUGCAACUCCAUCUCCAUAAGGUGCAACAAGAAAUCUUCGACAUCGAGAAGACUCUAGAGCUCCUGAACAAGGCUAUAGAGGACAAGUUGCAACCGAUGCGCGUCGCACACACGCGCUUGCAGGCGCGCACCAACCGCCCCCACCUCGAGAAGUGCCGCGACGAGGCACAGAACAGACUCGUAAAGGAAGUGUGCGACCUCCAGGAAACCAUGGAGACCCUUCGCUCUAAGAUCGCCACGGCGGAAGGCACGCACCAGACGCUGCUCGGCGUGCGCGCCGGGCUGGAGGCGGACCUGCGCAACAAGAGCGCCACUCUCUUCAUAGACCGCGAUCAGUGCAUGGGCCUGCGGAGAGGAUAUCCCGUCACCGCCGCUAUCAAGUCCUAAGGCGAUCUUGACAUCUUGACGUGCGAGCGGGA